AUGAGUAGUAAAUCCUCAACCCAGAGAUGUUAUUCAAAGAGUGAUGUUCGUCAUAUUUAUCAAAUAUCAAUAAGUGAAUCUUAUCCGGAAGCAUGUUCUAUAAUUGCUGAUAUUCUCAUAUCAGAUUUAUUUCCAAAACUUAUUUCAAAAUUAAUGUUAGAUGAAUUAAAUAGUGCAUUAACAUCAUAUAUAGAUAAAGUUUGGCGUUUACCACAAAUCGAUUCAUUUUUCACUCAAUAUCUUUCUUCAUCAAAAGAACUUCAAUCAGCAUUUCAAAUCGAUGAACAUUCUUCAAUGAUUUCAUUUUAUUUAAAAAAUAAUUCAACUCAAUUAUAA